AUGACGGCAGCAGCAGGUGGUGGACCGGAGAUUCUCAACAGCAGUAGUGGUGGUCAAUGGGUGGAAGGAAGCAGUCCUCCGGCGAUGAUUUGCGAAGGGAGGAAGACGGAGACGAUCGUUGUAGUCAGUGGUUCAGAAGAUGACGAGGAAGGGUGCUUGGGCUGCUGUAAUAGACGAGCAACAACCAAGAAAGGAAAAGGGGGUGUUUGGAUGAUUCAGUCGAUGGAAUGGAUAGAAGGAGGGUCUUCCUUGUCAAGCUUUUCUUGGAUUCUAGCCUUUUGCAAUCGCCAUCUUUCCCCUGAACACAAUCGUCGGACAACAUCUCUGGAGUAUUUGAAAGGGUUUAUACUACAUCCGGUGGUGGAUUUCUGGGUUCAACUGCGACCGCCGUUGUUGUGCUCGACGACAUGA